ACUAUAUAGCGGCGGCGCGGGCGGGCGGGCGGGCCAGUCUCCCGUCCCGCGGUGCCGGCGCUCUGCGGCGAUGGCUCCUCGCCCCGGGCUGGUGAUGGCUGGUUUCCUGGCCUUGCUCCUCAUCCUCAUCUAUGUGUGCCGCCUGGAUGCCGUGCAGCAUUCCCCAAAGAUUCAAGUGUACUCACGACACCCAGCAGAGAAUGGAAAGCCAAAUUUCCUGAACUGCUACGUGUCAGGGUUCCAUCCACCAGAGAUUGAAAUUGAUUUGUUGAAGAACGGAAAGGAGAUGAAAGCAGAACAGACAGACCUGUCUUUCAGCAAGGACUGGACCUUCUAUCUUCUGGUCCACACUGAAUUCACUCCCAAUGAGCAGGAUGAGUUUAGCUGCCGUGUGAAGCAUGUUACUCUCAGUGAGCCCCAGAUCGUUAAGUGGGACCGAGACAACUAACUAGCAUCACAGCUUUGAAGAUGAUGCAUUUAUUGAACUAAUCCCAAAUGCUUUGGUUCUUCUUCAUGCUGAUAGGUUUUUAUGCUUUAAUCAUAAAGUUAUAUUGAAACAAAUACAAUCUAGUUGUUAAUUCUACAUUGGGCACUGUGUCACUAUGCUUGACCUAUCUGGGCCAGUAGCUAUAGUUGUGGAGCUGGAAGCUUAGAGAUACGGAGGAGAGAAUUCUCAUACUCACCAUCAAUAUCUUGGUCAGACCUGAACUCUUCAGUCUCUUCAGAAAAACUGGAUAAGAAGAUAAUUAUGCCUGCUUAGAGUUAAUCUCCAAUUUGCAUACUUUGCUUAGAAUUUGGGAGACAUUUUUUGAAAGAUAAAUGCCAAAUUAUUGGAAAUUUGUUACAGUGGAUAAUAUACCUUAUUGUAUAAAAUUCAUAUUUACCUCUUCCAUAUGUUAGAGACACUGUUGCACAUGAUUCUACUUAUGUUAAUUUUGUUUCAAUAAUUAAAACCAUGGUAAAACUUGA